AAACGACGCGAAACUACGUAUUCAUCAGCUGGAAAACUCCACAUUGAAUAUUUUUAAAUCGCGAAAUUAAGACUCUCUUAUAAGAAAAACGAUACACAAAUUUCACUGAUUUUAUGUAUUAUUAUAUUUUAUUAUUAGUUAUGUUUAACUGACCAAUGAAAAAAGGAAAGUUAUGUAAUAAACCAGCCGGGUUGAUUUUUGCGUUUUACUCUAUAAAUAGCGUUUGUGUAGCAGGUGUAAGGAAUUUCUGGCCCCCUCUGAUACGUGCAUGAAGGGGACACUUGUUGUUUGCUUCGCUGGCUUUUUCUCGUUUGUAUUCACUGCAUGAUUUUCGCACCGAUUAGUAUAGAUGUAAGACGCUUUUUUUCUCCGGCACUACUAGUAUUGAUCUGUUUAUCGAGGCACUUUGAUCGCGCAUCCCAUAUACCAUUACAGUAACGUCCCCACUUGCAAUAUAAGUUCGCGUUUUUCUUCACAGUACAUAUCACAGGGGACUCCCCGGUUACGCAGUUGUUUGGGGGAGAUCCGGGUUUUGGUCAUUCAGAAUUACCUUCAUUCUAGCCAUCUGAAUCCAAAAGCUGAUCGGAUGUAGCAGUCACGUUUUAACAAUACCUUUAAAGAUUACGACCAAACAGCCUGGAUGCAUUAUUUCUUAAUUUCCCCGUGACAGUGGUAAGUUCGUCGUACAGACGGACUGACAAUAGCCGUUUACUUUACAAUUUUAACAGGCUGUUUUAUGUAAUUUGCGUGGAAGUACGCCCAUGCUUGGAUCUGGAAUUGCGAGCUCGUGCGCUUCUGAUGCGCUCUGCUUUUACUUUCACCCAGGUGUCAAAGCAUCGCGUAAAGACACCUGUAGCUUUUUCUCCCUCAAUAAAACUGUAAAUAAGUAGGCCCACAUUACGUUUAGUAUUACGCAUAAAUGUUACUAAAUGUUAUAUAAGGCGCAUAGCAGUAAUAAGCUUCUGCAUUUUUAUGUAAGGUUCAAUGAAAGCGAGCAGUGUGCAGUCAUUUGCGAGAUCGAGAAAAUCCGGUUUAUCCACUACCUCAGUCCUGGUUUCUACACUUCUCAGAUGAUGAGUGAAACUUGUUAGUCAGGAAUUUCUUGGUCUUAAAGCAUUUAGUUACGUGGGGAAAGUAAAAUGAUUCACUCAACAGUAACUUUACUUCGGGCCAAUAAAUAUUAAUUCAAUGGUAAACCAUAUGAUCGUGGUUCAUUCGCUGUAUUUGUCCACUGCCUUUGACUGUUAAGCAUCUGCUACUUUUUCUUUUCUAAACAGUUCCGUGUAUUUCCCUUCGUAAAAAUGUCCUUUCACUUAACCGAGCUUCUGUUUUAUAUGUCAGCUAAUAUUCAUUAUAAUUCUGCAUUAAACGUAUGAAUCGUUAUGUGUGCGGAGAAACCAACAUUUACCUCACGCCUUGACUUAUGCAGCAGUUGUAGCGGUAUGAGGAAAAAUGUUUCUUAAUAAAAUCAUAUGCAUUUGACAAGGCGAUGUUUUCGGGGACACUUAAACAUAUACCCAUCACCCAUUCUUAAAGGUAUCGGUCAUGCGAUUGUGAUUUUAAUAUGAUUUAUUAUGACUUUGGGGCAGACAAUUGAACGCGUUCAGCGAAAAGUUGGGAUCUUAGUGAACUCGGCGCCACCAGAAAAAGCUGGCAAAUGAAAUUCAGGGGUGUGAAAGUGCACAUGACAAACGAUAAAGUCCCUUCCCCCUUAAUUUACACGACAUGGUUAACGGGGUAAAAACUGUGCGGUGGUUCCACGUCAUCCACAAAUACUAGCUUUACAUGUGCAAGGAACGUGAAGAAACGCAAAUAACGACAUUUAAUUAUUUAAAUAUUAUGUUUCGGAUAUAUGUUGACUUGGAUUAAAGCCCUUGUAGUGUUUUUCGUCUUCUCCGGGCGUCUGCACACUUGAUAGGACAAUUCUUGGGCGCAGUUAAAAUGCAGGGCAAUUUGCUUUGAAUACGAUGCGUAUAUUAGUCAAUCGAUAUUAAACGCAUCUCAUUGUAGUAGCCUACACAAAAAAAUGUUAUUAUUCAGUAUCUCUCUAUUUUACAUUUGGCAUAUUUCAACUGCCUUGCCUGGAUGGAUAAGGAAUUAUUAAAAAUGUUCAAUUGAAGCUGAUCACAGCUCAAACCGACCUGGCAAAAAGGGAUCCGCGGUACGCAGGCGGAAGUAGUGCCAUUGGACCGGAGACAUGGAUCUGCACCUUGGAGUGCUGCUACUGUUGGCCUUGCUGCUGAGCUUGUGUGGGGCUGUGGGGACCAUCAGCUACAAGGUGGCUGAGGAGCAACCCCCUAACACCCUGAUCGCAAGCCUUGCAGCCGAUGAGGGGCUUCCAGACACGGGGCACCUGUACAAGCUGGAAGUGGGCGCCCCCUAUCUGCGUGUGGAUGGUAAGACCGGGGACAUCUUCACCACGGAGGUUCCGAUCGACAGGGAAAGCCUGAAGGACUGCCGUAAUUUGUUCGAGGGAGAUCCCUGCAUCCUGGAGUUCGAGGUCUCCAUCACAGACCUGAACCAAAACCAGGGUCCACGGCUGAUCGAAGGUCGCAUCGAAGUUCUAGACAUGAAUGAUAACACCCCACAGUUCCCCUCCCCCAUCCUCUCCCUUUCUAUUCCUGAAAACACCCACUUGGGGGCGCUCUUUUCAAUCCCUGUGGCCAGUGACAAGGACUCGGGGCACAACGGUGUGGCCGAUUACUCCCUGACCCCGGGGCCCGAUACCUCGGCCCUCUUCGGCCUGCAGGUGGCUGAGGACCAGGGUGAGAAGCUCCCACAGUUGAUCGUGCUGGGAAACCUGGACCGCGAGCAGAAGGACUCGUAUGACCUUAGCAUCAAGGUCGUAGAUGGCGGCAAUCCUCUGCGAUACAGCACCGCCCUGCUCCGGAUCAUCAUCACCGACUCCAACGACAACUCCCCUAAGUUCGAGAAGUCCCAGUAUGAGGCAGAGCUUCCAGAGAACAGCCCCGUAGGACACUCGGUCCUUCAGGUUAAGGCCAAUGAUUCUGAUAUGGGGCCUAAUGGAGAAAUUGACUACAGUCUGCACCAGGCUAACGACGCUGUCCAGAGGCUCCUAAGGAUUGAUCGGACAACCGGCAUCAUCUCUGUCAAGAGCCCCGUGGACCGAGAAGAGAUUAGCAUCUUGAAGUUCUACGUCAUCGCACGGGACAAGGGGCCAAACUCCAGAAGCUCCAAGGUCUUCGUUGUAAUAAAUGUCAAGGACCAGAAUGACAAUGCCCCCACGAUUGAGAUUCGUGGUAUUGGGCUGGUAACCCACCAGGAUGGGGUGGCUAACAUAUCUGAGGACAUGCCCAUUGGAACUCCUGUGGCUCUGGUCCAGGUCUCGGACCGUGAUGAGGGUGAGAAUGCAGUCGUGACAUGUGUGGUUGCAGGAGAUGUACCGUUCCAGCUGCGGCCAGCCAGCGAGGCUCCCAAUGACCGCAAAAGGAAGUACUUCCUGCAAACGACCACACUUCUGGACUACGAGCGCAUCAACGGCUAUCGAAUUGAGAUUGUGGCCGUGGACUCGGGCAACCCAGCUCUGUCCAGCACCAACUCGCUCAAAGUCCAAGUCACAGAUGUAAACGACAACUCCCCCAUCUUUUCACCAUCUCUUUUUGAGGUGGAUUUCCCAGAGGAGAAUCAGCCUGGAGACAAAGUUUUGGAUGUGGUGGCCUCAGAUGCAGACAGCGGCACUAAUGCUGAGCUCAUAUACAGCAUUAUGGACUCAUCUAUGAAAGGAGUCUUCGACAUCAAUCCGAACACAGGGGAGGUUCAGGUAUUGAGUCAGUUAGAUCGAGAACAACGAGAACGGUAUGAGUUCCAUGUCGCCGCAUCUGACAAGGGUGUUCCCAGCCUGCGAGGGACAGCUGCAGUAGUGGUCAGAGUGCUGGACCGCAAUGACAAUGACCCCAAAUUCAUGCUUAAUGGCUAUAGCUUCUCUGUCCUGGAGAACAUGCCUCCCCUUAGCCCUGUCGGAAUGGUGACAGUCAUCGACACGGACAAAGGCGAGAAUGCCCGAGUGCAUUUAUCUGUAGAGCCAGACAACGGUAAAUUCGUAAUCCAGAACGGCACAUGCACUAUUCUCUCCAGUAUCUCGUUUGACCGUGAGAAAGAGAGCACCUAUACUUUUCGGCUGAAGGCUGUGGAUGGAGGCAACCCACCAAGAUCUUCCUAUGUUGGCGUGACUAUCAACGUCCUGGAUGAGAAUGACAAUGCACCUUAUGUCACCAAGCCAUCAAACUCCACAUACAAGUUCCUUCCUCCUGUUACCAAUCCCGAGACUCAGGUAGAGAUGGUAGAGGCGGAGGACAUUGACACGGGCCCCAAUGCUGAGCUGGUCUACAGCAUCACAGGUGGAAACCCCCAUGGACUAUUCCGCAUCUCCCCCAUGAGUGGAGAGAUUACUCUAGCUAAGGAGUUCACCCGUAAGCACAACGGCCUCCACAGGCUGGUAGUGAAGGUCAGCGACAAAGGAAAGCCACCUCGGCACACCACUGCCCUCGUGCAUUUCUACGUCAAUGAGACCAUCAACAACGUCACCCUGGUGGAGUCACUGGUAGGCCACAGCCUGUACACUCCCCUGGACACUGACAUCGCCGGUGACCCUGAAUACAGCCGUGCUGCCCAACGCAGCAACAUACUGUAUGGUAGCUUGGCAGGGAUUGCUGGUGUGAUCCUGGUCAUAGUGGUGGUGGUAGUCAUCCGGCACCGUCUGCAGAAGGAGGCCAAGAGUGGAUAUCAGGCAGGAAAGAAGGAGACGAAGGACCUGUACGCCUCUAAACAGGGACCCAAAAGCAGUAAGGGUAAGAAGGGGAAAAAGGGCAAAGCCCCCAAGCCAGCCAAACCCCUGGAGGAGAAUGAGGAGGCAAGCCGCCAGAAUACCUUGAAGUUCAACCUUAUUAAUGACAAUGUCGGUGACAGUCCUCGAAUUCAUCUGCCCCUAAACUACCCACCAGCGAGCCCGGAUCUGGGCCGCCACUACCGCUCCAACUCACCACUGCCCUCUAUUCAGCUUCAGCCUCAGUCCCCCUCGGCUUCCAAGAAGCACCAGGCCGUUCAGGACCUGCCCGCCACCAACACCUUCGUGGGGACGGGGGACAACAACUCCACAGGCUCCGACCAGUAUUCGGAUUACAGCUACAAGGCUAACCCUCCGAAAUACAGCAGCAAACAGCUGCCACACCGCAGAGUGACGUUUUCCACGACAAAUCAGUCGCAGGACCUGCAGGACCCUUCCCAGCACAGCUACUAUGACAGCGGCCUAGAGGAGUCUGAGACCCCCAGCAGCAAGUCAUCGUCAGGGCCCCGCAUCGGGCCCCUGGCACUGCCCGAGGACCACUAUGAGCGGACGACCCCAGAUGGCAGCAUUGGAGAGAUGGAGCACCCCGAGAAUGAUCUCAGACCCCUCCCGGAUGUGGCCAUGACAGGGAAUUGCACGCAUGAGUGCACCGAGUACGGCCACUCUGACACCUGCUGGAUGCCCGGGCAACCAUCGCCCAACCGCAAGGCUCGGGGAGCACCCAAACUCUCCACCUUCGUGUCUUACCAGGACCGCGAGGCCUCAGAGCGCAUGGGUAACGGUAGCCCCAAGACGGCGGAGGAGCGCGCCGCCAAGAUGUCCAGCAUCCGCUUCAUGCCCUCCUACAGUGCCUACUCCAGCAGCAGUGGUGGCCACGAAGGCGGCUCGGACUGCCCCCGGGAGGAGAUUCCUCUGAGCCAGGCUGCAACCACGCCUUCCAGCCAGGGCUCCAGGAAAGAGGUCUACCUGUGAGGAGGCCCCGCCCCCACUCUCCCUGGCUGCCCCGCCCCCUAAACGGCUCCUCCCCCCACCCCCUGUGCCUGAUUGCUGUGCCGCACAAGGAACGCCACAGCACCUCUGUUUUCUAACCAGGACAGAAACGCCUUUAGAAUUCCAACAUAAUCAUAUACAUAUAUAUGUAUAAUAUGCACAGUUUUGUGUGUGAUUAAUGAAGAAAGACAUCAUCAGAGAAACGGCUACUGAAGGAAUGUAAAUUACAGUUCUUUUUGAUUUUCAUUUACUUUUAUGUUUUAACCUACAGACAAUGUUGUAGAGUUCAAUCUGAAGAACGUUUUAAGGCAAACAAUACAUAAGGCAAGUGUAUUUCAUGAAUUUUUUUUCGGUUGCUGUUAUUUUAGAAGCACGUUCUGCCAGAAACAGGAACUUAAAAGGUACAUUUUAAGGUGUAGUGCUGCAACCAAUAUCAUGUGACUGAACCUGUUCCUUCCCUGUACCAUGUUCACUCAGAAGCGACCUCUUCGCUGAUUCACCUAGAAGCCUCUCACAGUACUAUAAAUAAUUGGGUGGUGGGCUUUUGACUAUAGGACCUUAAUAUUUUAUUUUAGCUGUAAAAAAUAACAAUAAUUACAAAAAAAAAGCAUCUGAACCUCUUUUUUAUAGACAUUAUUGAUACAUGAGAACAUGGAACCCUUGUUGUUUCCCACUGAGGGGAGGACAGGGAGUCACAGAAGUGAACGGACAACACUUAUCCCGUGGCAUCAUGUACAGAACUGAGUGGAAUAUCUGCCACAUUUCUUCUUAUGCUCAGCCUCAGACGAAAAGGACCUGAACAAUAUAAACAAACAAAGAAAAAAAAACUCAUUGCAAGCAGAGUGAAGUGUCUGCAUUCGGAGGGAUUCUUUGCUCCACCCGCAUCGACGCAGACUGGCAUCUCCGUUCACGCGUCAUUGCCUCCUCAAAGGGGCCGCAUUGUCAUAGAGACCUCACUGCCAGGCACAGAUGAGAUGUGCCUCUGCGGCUGGUAUUAACUUUCAUCGGGUCCUUGGGAGGGACAGUGAAAGUGACUCACGAAAGUCACUGCGAGUCUGAGUGCUGGCCUCCUAGGGCGGCGACUUGGUCAGUUGUGGGGGGGUGACGACACAGGGAAAGACCAUGGCUCACAGUUCACUCAUCCUUUCUAGUGUGCCUAUGUGUCCACCGUUGUUUCCUCAGUUCAGACGUACAGCCUGGGUUAACAACACACCCUGAAAGUCAGGUCUGAGCUGUAGUGACCGGUCUCAAAGUUAAUUGUGGACCAAAACUCAUUCCUGUUGUUUUUUUUUUAUUAUUUUUUAUUUCUGAUGGCCCCAGUGGGGUAGGUUUCACUGUAAGGAUCUCCGGGUCUCCAAAGGCAUAGAUCACAGCAGGGGCGCACUAGGUAAGAAAUGUGAAGGUGCCCGAUAGCUGGGGUCAGGUGUCCGACUCUCAAGCUCUUCCUCCUGUGGUCUGCUGUCACCAGACCCACGUGGCAUUGGCAAGGUGUAGGCAGCAGGGCGGGAUCCUCCUCGUUAAGGAGAGCACAUGCUUCCCUGUUUCAUGCAGGACUGGUGCGGCGAUAUGGCACUAAUUACACCUCUGGGGUCUCUUCAUUAAUGGUGAUAAUUUCAUAUCUGAAAUGGGGAAGGGUUUGUGAUCUAAAGGUAAUUUUUGAGUGUUUUAUUAUUAGCCGGUGGCAGUAAUGGAGUUUCACUUGUGGCAAAAUGUGUCAGCCGCAAUGGGGUUAAUAGAAGCUAAAGAAAAUAGCCCCGUCUGCCUCUUCGCCACUCCGGCACGCCAUGUACGCUCUCCUUCCCUCUCCACAGCAUGCCUGCUGCAUGGAGCAGCAAGUCAGUCCUAGUCUAAGCCUGUCAUCAUGUCUGCUCCCAUCAUUUUCUGUUCCUUAUUUGCACUGUGUUUUCACUAACUGUUUCGAUCACAUGAGCUGGUGAGCAGGCUGCCUCUGAUGUGUUUAUUUAAUAUGUUUUUUUUUUUCCUGGUGCCUCAAAUGGGACUCGUCAGUAGGAAAUAAUGGCCCUGUUGGACGUUUUGUGCAAUAGCAGCGCCCCGUUACACAGUGCGACACUCGGCUUGUCCGUGUCCGACUACGCCAUCUCUGUGGCAGCUGUGAAUGCCGACAGGCGGACGUGGUCACACCUCAUCCCAGGCUGGGUGUACAAUAAACAGUGCUGGGACCUGCCCGUGAGCGGUGAGCCUUUCACUCGGGAGCUCUGUCACAAUCGGGGAGGGAUGACACUUUGACAGUGUAUCCCAAAGCUGUCCAGCUCUGGGCGAAUAUCCUGGGGCAGAUUCUGAUCCUCCACUUGGAGGCUGGGGUGUAGCACAUGGUAAUGGAGCUCGGACGCAGUAUGUGACAUCCAGGAAUGAGUCUCAGAGCACUGUUCAGAGGGGACCACAAACAGAACAUCAUAUACCCCCCCCCCCACAUGAGAAGGACAAAGACAAGGCAAGCCUCAUACAAAACAGGGAGAAAAGGUAUCAGACCACCCUCCCCCCCCUCCAAAAAAUGAAGUAUACUACAUAAUUCAUAACAAAUGUUCCAAAUUCACUUUUUGGAGGUAAAAUUAGAAUUAUAAUUUGACUGCAGUUCAAAGGUGUAUUUUCACAAGAACGACAAUCAGUUAAAAUGAACUAAUUAAAUGUAUGGAGAUGAGAAAGGUAAAAAAGCCAUUUCCUAACUGUGGUAAAAUGUGGUUCAAACAGCGUGAUCUGCUGUAAUUGCAUUUCAGCCCGGUCCAGCCCGGUCUGCUGACUUGGACCUCGGUCUCUCCGCGGGGUUCCUGUGCCGAACCCCGGUCAUCCCUUAUCCUGGACAGGAGCCACUGGGGCCAGCCAUGUCACCAUGCAGCGGCUGUAAAAGCCAUGUGACCGUUAGCGUGUGGCAACCAAGGGAGUGGUGUGGAGGAGCUGUGCGUACCUUCAGAAUGAGAGGGUGGGGGUGAGGCGAGUUCAGUGUUGCGUGCUGUCAGGAGCUCAUCGCUUGCAACAUACAGACAGAUGGAGCAGAGUGCUUGAGGUUUCACAAUCUCACCGGUGGAACAUAGCCAGUAUGACUCUGGUGACAGUAAUCAGAAGCCCAGUGACAUGUUCCGAGCUCAGCUUUUAUUUAAAAGUGUGAACUCCGUGACUCCCUCUCAUUUUUGCAUUUAUGCUGCAGUUUGGCUGCCGAUGCCGCUGUCAGAAUUGAUUUUUUUUUUUCCAAAGGUGGGCGGGGACUGGGGGCAUGCCAUUACCUUCCCAUUAAUCGACAGGCGGCAUACGGGAUGAGGUGUGUGGACGAGGGCGCUGUGUAAAGGGGAGGGAAUUGUGUUCCUGUUGCACAUUGUUUCAUUGUAAAUUUCAAUCUGAUUAUCUAUGAAAUGUUUAUGAGAAUUUGGAAGCUUUAAAACUGAUGGAGUCUCUUCGUGCUACCUUCCUUUUAACACAUACUUUUGUUUACGUUUUUGUGGACGCUCUGAUCCUUGUUUGAGAAUGGGAGGGAGGGGGGUGUGGUAAUACAAGGCUGCUUGUAUACCAUUUGGCCUCUCCGGUGCUCCAGUAAAACCUACAAGUCAUUUUUCAUACUGACAAGGUCUCUGCUCUUGGCUCCUGUACUAUGGCUUUGAAAAAAACUCGCUCUAUCCUGCUUAUCUGGCCCCUAAACCUGGGGAAGUAUGCCCACAGCAGCAUUCUCAAAGUUGAAACAGCUGAUCAAUAUGCACAAAAGCCGAGGAAAGUACUUCCAACUGCAAACUCUGUAAGGAAUUACCAAGCAGGAUCUAUUCUAAGUGUGUUUGGCCGCCAUUAACCCCUCUUUCCCCUUAUGCGCCCUACUGGUUGCAUAUUAGGUCAGAGUGAAACAGCCCUCACUGUAACAGAAAGGAGGUGCUUCUGCUAAAUAUAAAAAGAAGACAAAGACCUUAGUUGUGGUUGUGAGUCUAAAUCAAAACUUCUCAUAUCUGAAAGUACUAUGAGGUAUUCAGCAAAGACAGACCCAGCGAGGACAUAGGUGUUCAGGAGCAGUUUCUGUCCAGACAGUGAUGUGAAACUGCUCAUAACACAGCCCUCAAUAAUCUCUGCCCAUGUGCAUAUUACUCAAAAACAAUAUUCAUUUGGCAUGGCAGGGAUAGUGAUAAAUCUGCACUAGUCCAUUGCUACAUAUUCCAUUGGCAGUGAAAUGUCACGUAAACCCUCCAAAAAGUCUUUAACUUGAUUAAAGGACUUGAUUACUUGUAAGCAAAACAAUGUUCAUAACCGUAACCGUUAUUCUUCUCCUCAAAAAAAAUAUAUAUUUUCAGUAUGACACACCCACACACACACACACACACACGUUUUUUUUGAGCAUUUCAGAAAUACUAUAUUUCCUUAAUGGGGUAGUAAAAUAGAUACUGAAGGUUUGGUAUUUUAGUUGUCACCCUAAAUAUGUUGAUAUUACCUGUUUUUGGUUCUACAGAUGUGCAGUUAUUCAGUUGAGAAAUCAGCAAUGAUCGAGUUGACUGUGACCCAACCUGAUAGUCUUUGCUGGAGAAAAUGUUAAUCAGCCAAUCAGGGAAGAUGCCUGCAUCCUGACUGUUUACUUUUUACCUCCAUCCCCUGAAAAAAACGUAUAUUUAAAUUUAGUGUUGAAUGUAGUGUGAAUAGCCUCCCACAUUUCCCAAUUAUUACCAUUUUCUUCAGUGCAACAAUUAGAUAUGCAUAAGAAUCCCCUCCCCCCCCCCCCCAAAAAAAAAAAAAAAAGUAGUUUAUGCACCAGAGAAUACAAAGAACUGCAGUGUAUGUAUAUACAUGUUUAUGAAGGGAAUAUUGCAGCACAUAUAGAAUUUAGUGGGAUCUGGCCUUGCGGCGCAUACAAAAAGCUUUGGCGAACCCCCCCUCCCCCACGCACUUUUGUGUUAAAUAUCUGCAUUGAGCCCAGUGUGGUCAGCGUCCGCCCUAAAGUCAUGGCAUAAAUUUUGCACUAGCAAACUCAUAUCUACCCUUCUCUGUUGGGACGCAAUAUAUGAAGUGAAGUUAGAAGAACUGAAGUACGGACCAGGCUGAGUUUGCCGAGGCAUACAAAUGAAAUAAUAAGCCAAGCAUAAAAAGAAAGACAAUAGUAGGCUAUAACAAGGCCUUAACAGGCUAAUCCAGAUUAAAUACUUGUCCUAGUACAGCAUGAAUAAGCCAGUUUUAUAAAUAUAUACAUUAUUUUUGUUGGGUGUUGUUGUUGUUUUAUUAAUAGUAAAAAACCAACAGUGUUAUAAACAUAUAAAUGUAAAUGGUCAUUGCUUUUUUUUACCAGAGAUUUUGGAUUGGGUUUGUAAAGUAAUACAAUAUGUCCAAAUGCGGCAGCCUGUUUCUUUACGAUCCUUUCAUUUUUUCUUGCGGAAUUUUCUUAUGAAAUGCACCCAUUUGGUGGGUACCUACAGUUAAUUUUCGCAUUUAGGUUAAAAAUAUAACAAAGAUUAUAUACGUAUAACACACAUACACACAUACGUAAUUGGCUUCGAGCUAUAUUAAAUCGUAAGUGACGCUAGUCAGGGGUGGUACGUGCAGACCGUUUUAAUCCACAUCAAUCCACAUCUGAUCCUAACGGCAGACACAGUGGGGCUAGUGGGGGUUGAGUCAAGUGUUCCAUUGUUUAUCUAUGAAAAAAUGAAAUGAGUAAUAAAGACAACAGCAGCCAACGAAAGUCUCUUUGCAGGAAGUACAAGUUUGUAGCCUAAUUGUUGGUUAUAUUUAUAUAGGAAACAUGCUUGUGAUGCCUUGUUUUUUGUACAGUUUUAUGUACAUGCAAGUGUAGCUUUUUAAAUCAGAAUCCAACGGCAAAUUAAAAUUGUAAAAUAUUUUAAGAUAGGGGUCGUUAGGGUGUGACUGGGUGGGUUCUUGCAACGUCAGUGUGGAUGCAGCAGUCUAAGGCAUUACUGUAGUUAUUCACUGGCUUCUCGUCUAUUUUGAGAUUAUAUCAUCUUUUAUCGAGACCUUAUUUUUUGCAGACCGUGCGCUUCGAGGGAAAUGGGUUGUUUGUUAAUUUGUUUUAAUUUCCAUUCUGUUUUAUUCUGAUCAGUAUUCGCAUGUUGGAAACUAAUUGUGGUCUUUUAUUUUUGCUGAGCAAAUCAAAGUGAAAACACCUUGUAAUUAUUCCCUCCUUAUAGCUUUACAAUAAAAAAAAAUAAUAAUUAAAA